GUUACGCUGUUUCCAAUUCCAUACACUAUCAUCAAUGUUAACAAUAUGCAUUAGCACUUUCUGAAAGUACCAAGCAAGCAAGCAUCAAAUGUUGUUCUUCUCUUUCAAACUACUUCAUUAUUAGGGUUUCUUUCAUACACUCCAAUGGCGACCCAAUUGGUAGCACCAACCUCUUCACAAACCCAAACUGUUAACCAAUUCUUCAACAAAUUAGAAUCUCACAAAGCCGCCCUCACUAAAUGCACCGACCUAUUCACCACCCUCUCCAACCAUUUCUCCACCGCGCACGACUCUAUCUCCCACAAACUCCAAACCCUAGAUUCCAAAUUUCAAUCCCUCGAUUCCCGCUCCAAGGAAACCCUAGAAUCCCUCAGCAACCAGGAGGAUUCCAUCCCGGAGCGUGAAUCAUCCGCCGCUGCACGCAUUGAUGAGCAGAAGGAAGCCGCGCUUGAUGACCUUCGGAACUCCGUUCCUUUGUCGACGCUUAAUAUAUCUGAUGCGCUUAAAUCGUUGUCGAGGAAGAUGGACGCUAAUGCUUUGAUUCGGUUUGUGGUUGCGAAGAGGAAGGAGUCGGUGAUGUUGAGGCCGGAGAUUGCGGUGGCGAUAAAGGAGGCUGUGGAUGCGCCGAGAUUGGUUCUCGAUGCGGUGGAGGAGUAUUUGAAGAGUAAAACUGAGGCGAAGUCUGGUGUUACUGAUAAGAGAUGGGCUUGUGGGCUUUUGAUUCAGGGGUUGAUUUCGGAGUCGAGUGUGUAUUCGAGAAAGAUUGUGGAGAGGGCUGCGGGGCUUGUGGAUUUGUGGAAGGAACAGCUGGAUGGGGAGCAGGAGAAGGGUGCUGCGGAAAUGGUGAUGUUUUUGCAGAUUGUGGCGUGCUUUGGGUUAAGGUCGAAAUUCGAUGAUGAGUAUUUGAGGAAAUCUGUGAUGGAGUUUGCUUCAAGGAGGGAUAUGGCUAAGGUGGCUGCUUCCUUGGAAUUUGGUGACAAGAUGAUAGAUAUUAUAGAUGAACUAGUCAAAAAUGGCAAAGAGAUAGAAGCUGUUUAUUUUGCUUCAGAAUCUGGUUUGACUGAAAGAUUUCAACCAAUCAAGCUACUCGAGUCUUAUGUUCGGAACUACAAAAGUAAUGCAGCUAGUAUAUUGGCGAAUGGAAAUAACAGUCAGGCCGCAACAGAAGAGUCAACUACUUUGGAGUUGAAAUCGAUUAACGAUGUAAUCAAAUGUGUGGAAGAUCACAAACUUGAAUCAGAAUUCAGGCUUGAUGAAGUGAAAAAGCGAGCUUCCCAGUUGGAGAAGAGCAGGGCUGAGCGAAAAAAGACUUCAAUAUAUGGAAGUUCAAGAUCAUUUGCAAGUGGGAGUGGACUUGGAAGUGGAAGUAGAACUCGAAAGCGUGGCAGUCGAGGGAGUGGAUCAAGCUCUUCUCGUCCAGCCAAAUCAGUCAGAACUAGUGUUUACCCGUCAUCUUACAGUCGCAGGAACCUGGCUCCUAUACAUCCUAGUCCUAGUCCAAGAUAUUCAGCACCAUUACACUAUCCAAGCCAAGCUAUGUUGGAAAAUUCAACUGUUGCUAAUCAUUAUGCAGCAACCUAUGGAAACUCCAUCACUCAAAGCCCAGCUGGAUUAGGAAUAACACAACAACACUAUUCAUACCCUGUUGACAACAAUUUAGGUCCUUCUAAUUAUCUAUCCAGUAGUUCUUAUGCAGGACAGACCAGCUAUGGGGUAUAUGAUUAUGGAACCGCUGCUCCUCCACCAACUUAUCCAUACACAGUAGAUCAAACCGGCUACAGGGGUUGAGUUUUCUUUUUCUCCCUCAAUCAUUUGUUGCCUGAUGUCUUCUUUUUGAUGCUGCUGUCAUCUAAUUCAUUUCUUUCUGUGCAUGUCAAUAUUGGAAAUACAGUUUCCUAGGAACAUAUUUUGUCAAAAACAUAGAUCUAUGGUGCCAAUUCAAAGGGGGAUUACUGAUGAACUUUUAUGUAAUAGUUAACAUUAUAAUUAUAAUUGUAUUAGUUGAUCAUUUUAAAAAUGUACUGUACUGUCGUUGUUGCGUUAAACAAUUUUUUUUAAUUGU